AAGCCUCCUCCUUACCCAUGACGCACCGCGGCCGUUCACACUGAUAAAGAUGGCGUCGAGGGCACCAGUCGCGACAGGCAGGCUCCUGGGUGGAUUCCGCAAGUGGUAUUAUAACCUGUGUGGCUUCAACAAGUUAGGUUUAAUGCGUGAUGAUACCAUCCUUGAGGAUUCUGAUGUGAAAGAGGCACUGAGGAGGCUACCAGAGCCCCAGUACAAUGACAGGAUGUUCAGGGUCAAGAGAGCCCUGGAUCUCUCCAUGAAGCAGCAGAUCCUCCCUAAAGACCAGUGGACGAAAUAUGAAGAGGAUAUCCGUUAUCUUACACCAUAUUUGGAGGAGGUGAUCCGUGAGAGAAACGAAAGGGAGGAGUGGAUGAAGAAAUAGAUGGUUCCUGGUCAAAAUUGUUAAUCCUUGUAUUCAGUCCUUUCCUUGGUGUAAUAUUUAAGAUGAAAUCUUACCUAUAUAAAACAGAGCUCAUUAAAAAAAAUUGUACAUUUUG